ACGAUCUUUUACGGAGAAUUCGAAUAAUGGCCUAACGCUUUUUUGGCAAGUUUCCCAUGGGCGCGCGCGUUACGUAAAACGAACGUUGUGUUCCUUGUACUACAAAAAGGAUAUAAAUAGAUUUUCAGUGAGUUGCAUUCUCGGGACUCCGACAUUUGUUUUCUUCUAACACAAAUACUGUGCCACAUCUGUGCGUUAGAAAUCUCAGUGGAAUUCAUAAACUCACAAAGUGUAAACAUUGAACUGAAUUUUUUACAUAAAUGUUUAAUAUGCUAAGUGAGCUACAUAUGGACGUUUAAAACAGUCAGUGAAGUGAAUAAUAUAUUUUUUAUUGACUCCUACAAAUAAUGGCUCACGUCGAGCCCAUGGAUGUCGAUAGUAUGGAAAGUGAUUAUGAAGAUAAGGAGAACUCAAUACUCCAUAGCAAUGUGAUACCAAAAAUACCAUGCACUGAAAAAGGGUAUGAGGAGCUGGAUGCUUCUGAAUUAAAUAUGAAGUUAAGAUAUUCCAUUACUCCUGCAUCAUCUCCUAUGUCGAGAAGCUAUACGGCCAACUGCAAGGACAAUAAAAAUAUUGAAGAAAGAAAUAGCAGUUGUAUUGGAAACGCUAACCUCACAAAUUCAUUUAACUCGACCUUAACAAACAAUGAUAUAAACAAUGCAAGUAAGGUUUACCCAUUACAAACUUUGCCAACUGAAAAUUUAAAUGACAUGAAUAGAAAUGUGUUGCUUCCUAAAUCUAUUGAUAAGGAAGAUAAAAAUGUUACUAUAACUGUAAGUAAUAGUGUAGAUGAAAACAUAUCCAUUCCAAGUACAUCAUCAUCGAUCACUCAUACACCGGAGUCUACCACACCUACAAAAGAAUUACCUAAAGAUGGAGGCUCACCAAUUAUGAGAGGUUUACGGAGCGUUCUUAGUAUGUUUAAGCCGCAAAGUCCUGGACCAUCACAUGAACAGGGACCACAAGAGGACAGUGGACCGCUGCAGGCUAAUAAUACUAUUACGGACGAGUCUCCAUUACAUCCAGUUGAGGUUUCCACCCCGCUCCGUACAACAAAUAGAACCUCCCCGAAGAGGACCAGUCCACAUAGGGACAGCAUAAAUUUCAAUGAUGAUUUGGAAAAGGAGUUGCAAUGGAAAGAUGAUUCCACUAUACUGUUUAAAGAAGAAAAAAUUCCAAAACAUAAAUUGUUCCUGCAGGAGUCAGUAGCAUCAAACAUAGAAUCUAAGAUUUUAAAUAAAACCAAAGAGGAAUGUAACGGGACCAUAGAAUAUAUGGAUAUAUCUUAUAAUGAUAGUGCUCUUAUUGAUAAAACUAUGACUGACAUAGAAACAAAACCACAUGGUCUGGAAGCUGGUGGACUGGAGUCUGAUGGUGAGUUUGUAGAUUGUGAGACUACCUUUACCAAAGAUGAAAUUGAAUCUCUGUUAAAAAGUAAAGAAAAUAUUUCUAUGCACAACAGUAUACAACAUACUUCUAUAAAUGCUGAGGCUGGUACUUCAGACUUGGCAAAAAAUAUUCACCCUUUGAAUUUAACAAUACCUGUUGAAACUUCAGAUUUAGUUUGGUGUACAAGUAAUGAUGUAGUAAAUUCUGAGGUUUUAGCAAGAGCUGAAAAUGAUAACAUAGUUUCGAACAAUGUUUUGAAACAAUCUUUCUUGUUAACUUGUAAUGAUAAAUCAGAAUUAGUCAAUAAUUCAGAUAUGAAUUUAUUGCCUGUUGAAUCUUCAGAUUUACCGGUGUGUAUAAGUACUGACGUGGCAAAGUCUGAGGACUCAACCAAAGCUGGAAAUAAGUCAGAUUUUAAUAAUAUUUCACCACAGAAUUUGUCCUUGACACCUUCUAAUAUAAAUAUAAAUAUUUGUGAGAAUAGGCUAACUAAUGAUAAUGUUUCAAACACUGAAGACAAUGAUAUUUAUAUAAAAGAUGAAAAUAGUGCUAAAAACGUUACUGACAUAGUGCCUGGUAGAUGUACAGAUUUACCAGUGUUUACAAGUACUGAUGUAGCAAAGUCCGAGGACUCAACCAAAGCUGAAAAUGGAAACAAUUCAGAUUUUAAUAAUGUUUCACCACAGAAUUUGUCAUUAUCACAUUCUAAAGAUAUGUCAGAUUUGCCAGUUAAUUCAGAUAUCGUUUCAAACACUGAAGUUAAUGAUAUUGAUGUGAAAAAUGAAAAUAGUGUUAAAAACGUUACUGAUAUAGUGACUGGUGAAUAUACAGAUUUACCGGUGAGUACAAGUACUGAUGUAGCAAAGUCCGAGGACUCAACCAAAGCUGGAAAUGGUGCUGAAAACUUUACUGAUACAGCUCAACAUAGAAAAGAAGAAAGGAAAAACAUUACAUUUGUUACUUGUGAAAAUGAAAGUUAUAACAAUUUACAUUCUGCAUAUGAAAAUGAGAUAGAAUGCAAAGAAAACUGUGUUGAAAAAAUUAAGGAUCUUGUAGUUAAUGAAGACGCCAAAAGCGAAAAUGCUGUAUAUGGAAAUAGUCAAAGCAAUGACGUAGAUACUAUUUUACCUCAAAUAGAACAUGAAAUUACAUGCAAUGAAAACAACAGGGAGAUAAUUUUCGAAGCUAUUGAUUUUAAUUUAGAAAAUAAAAUACUUGAAGAAAAUAACAAAGAAAUGGCUGAGUCUUUACAGACAAUUAAUAAUAGUAGUAAAACUUUGGAAAUAAAUGUUGAUUUUUGUGAAAUAUCACAGAAUAAUAAAGGUAUUGAUGAGAAUGCAGAGUCUUUAAAUGAAAAGGUGAAAAAUAAUAAUGUAGACAAAAAUACUAAAAUCGUUAUAUCAGAAAUAAAUAAAAUGUUGCCAAUGGAUGUACCACUUCCUACAGAUAGCGAAUUUGAUAAAGAAAUUGUUGAUUUUUGUGAUGCAAAUAAAAUUCCUGAUGACUUAAAAGUUAAUGAAAUAUCUGAAAGUUUUGAAAUAAAUGCAAACAAAGAUUUGGAUAAAUUGACUUAUUUGCUAGAAACACCAAUAGAAAAAAUUGGUGACAAAACCAUUAAUCAACAAAGCAACUCAAGUCAUUGUAAACUUGAUUCAACAUUGAAAAUUACUGACGAAAAAUGUGUAACUGUGGCUUGUAAUAAAACAUUCGAUAAUAAUUAUUCAUUUGAAGUUAUUGAAAAGGGACAAGAAGAAGGUGAAUCAAUUGUACUUAAAAGUGGUCAGAGUAAUAACAUAACUAUGUUAAAUAAAAGCAAUGCUGAUGAUAUAGUAAUUGAUGACAAACCUGAAACCUUCAGCAAUAAUUCCUUUCAACCAACACAUGAUGAAACCUUUCAAUGUUACACAAAUGAAUCAAAAUCAAAAAACGAACUGUCUUCUCCAUGUGAUACCAAUAGUAAUUUUGAAAAUUUGGGUGUAGAAGAGUUUUCUAAUAUAAAACAAUUGUCGAAUCCAUUUGAAACAAAAAAUAAAAUACAAACAUCACCUCCCUUAUCACCAGUAAUAAGCAGCAAAGGUUACAAUAUCAACUUUGAUGAUAUUGAGGAUCCAUUUGCAACGAAAAUUAAAAUAAGACAAUCGCCUAAUCCUGAAACCUCAGGUCACAUUGCUUUGAUAUCAGAAGAUAAUAAAUCGCGAAAAGUGUCGCCAAAAGUUAAUAAAUCAGAAAAACGUAAGUCAUAUCCAAUAAGAAAACCUAUGAAUGCUAAAAAUAACUCUUUAAAUGCUACUUUUGACUGUGAUAAUAAAAAGGGAUGCAAAGCAAAUGUUGAGGAUAGUGACAAAAUAGCGAAAAAUACAAAAAAAGAAGAAACAAUUGAUUCUUUUAAAGCUGAUACAAGUGGAUUAUCCAACACAGUAAUUAAUUCUACAAGUAAAUAUAACCUAGAUAUUAAAAAAAAAUCUUUAAUCGAUAAUAAGAUUGAGGCUAUAGAAGAGGGGCAUUUAUUUUCUAAGCCAACAGAUCCCACUCCUGUACGAGAUAUUACCAAAAGUGUAUUUAAUUGCCCCGAAAUUAAUGAUUUAAAUUUUUGUUCUAUUACUGAUAAACAAAAAACUAUGUCAUCAAAUUUAACGAUACCGUCUGGCGAUAUAACAUUCAGCGACGAAGAUUGUCCAAAGGCAAACAUAGACUCGCUAGAUUCAAUUUGUCCUGAAGUUCAAGGGGUGGCUCUUGUGGAUGGUGAAACAUCAAUUUCUAAAGAUUCUAAAAGUGGUGAUAUAAAAGAAGUAAAUACUGAAGAUGAAGAUACCGCCACAUUUAAUGAAACAAUUGAAUUUAUUGAAAAUGAUAAAGAAAAUCCAAACACCGAAAAAGACUUGUUAGCAUUUGAAGUUUCACAUACAGCUCUAGACAAUGAGAACAUAGACAAUGGUGAAAUGUUUAUUGACGCUGAGGCAUUUGAAUUUCUUUUAAACCAAAAUCAAAGUAAUGUUAUAGCAGACAGUGGCAAAGAAAGCCUAUUUCUUAAGUUUGAUCCCUUGUUUACGAAAAGGGUUUCUUCGGAUGGUAUAAUAGCUGCUUUGAAAAAAGUUCAAAAUAACCAAAGUACCCCUAAAAAAUUAACAAAGUUGCAAUUACAAACACCAUCAGAAAUGCCAGGCCCUUCUCAAAAAGAAACAGUUGAUGAUGUAAUUGAUGAAGCGAGCAUUCAAGCCAUGACAAAACCAAUGAUGGUAGUUAACCCAGCUAUUAAUUCAAUAGUUUCUCCCAGAAAAGCAGCAACUCCUAAAGUUAAUAGGCAAUCACUUACAUUUACAUCUCCUGCAAUGGCUGUAAUUGACAAACUCUUGUCAUUAAGCGGUAGCAGUUUAGUUGCCAAUCACAAUACACCUGUAUCACCUGUAAGACAGCACAACGAAACUGAUAUAGCAAUAACUCAGCUAAGGGAGAUGCUGGCAGAUAAAGAUAUCCAUGUCCAUAAUUUAAAGUCAGAAAGUAAGGAACUGAAAGAUAGAUUAUCCAGUUUAGAAGCACAAGUUAAAUCUUUAGAAGUAGAGAGCGCAGAGCGACUGAAGAAAGUAAACGACUUGAACGAAAGACUUCUCGAAAAGACUAAAAUUAAUAAAAGUAUGUCCAAUGUAGUUGAGGAAUAUGAAAGGACAAUCUCAAGUCUGAUUGCCCAAAUAGAACAAGAAAAGAAAAAUAAUGCUGAAGAAAGAAUCAUGUUAAUAAAAGAAAGAGAUGAACAAACUGCACACUUAGCCAGCAUGGAAGUGUCAUUUAAUGAUCUACAUAGUAAAUACGAGAAAAGUAAACAGCUCAUUUACAGCAUGAAAGCAAACGAAGAAACAUACAAAAAGUCCAUCCAAGAAUUUGAAGAAAGUUUAACAAAAAUGCAAAACAAUUAUGAGCUACUAAAACAACAUGCAACAUCAAAAUUAAAUCAUGCCAAUCUAGAGUUGGAGAGAUUUAAUAGGGCACAUGAAUCUGAAGUUUUAAAAUUAAAUGCCCUAAUUAAACGGAAAGAGCUACACAUUACUAGCCUUGAAGAAACUCUAGCCCAGAAGACCAAAGCUAAUGAAGAACUGACAGCCAUAUGUGAUGAACUAAUUAAUAAAGUAGGAUGAACUGUUUAGUAGAUGUAUCAUACAAUGUUAGUUUUGCCCUUAUCCGAAUUUCUGUGAUUUCUUAAUUCUUUGAUUGUAUUAUAAUGGCCUCUACGAAUAAUAAAAACUAAGGAAGAGUUUCUGUGUCAAAAAAAUUGACCACGAGUCUAAAAAAUGUGAUCCGAAUACAUGCAUACUUUAUGCAUGUAUUCGGUAAACAAUUUUGUGUAAA